CCACUGCCCUGAAUCUGUGUUUAAUGCGCAACCACGAUGCAAACUGAUUUAGGAAUUGCAGCAUUACUUAAAAACUGUUGGGCGAUGUUUGUAUUAGUGAGAAAUUGAUGUGACAUUCAAGCAGGGUGUUUUCUGGUUCUCUCUCAUGCAGGCGGGCGUUGUCAGACGGAGCCAAGCCCACAGAACGUGCAGUCAGUCCGCUGCUAAGUCUCUGGAGUUAGCUAUAGGGAGCUAGCCAUGAGCUAACAAGCAGCUAGCUCAGUCUCCUCAUAUUGCCACCAUAAUUCAACCGACGUACCAAGGUGAACAACCGUCUAAUAUACCGGAAUUAUCAUUCGGCAGCUGGAUUUUAAGGUCUUCAUUUCACAAUCCUUCCCUUCACCUUGAACCGUCUACCUUCUCGCACUCUCAGCACACAGAGCCAUGGCUGCUGCUAAGCCGAAAGGGCAGAACUCUCUAGCCCUUCACAAAGUGAUAAUGGUGGGCAGUGGAGGGGUGGGGAAGUCGGCCCUCACGCUCCAGUUCAUGUAUGAUGAGUUUGUAGAAGACUAUGAGCCCACCAAAGCAGACAGCUACAGGAAGAAAGUGGUGCUGGACGGAGAGGAGGUGCAGAUCGACAUCCUUGACACAGCUGGACAGGAGGACUACGCCGCCAUCCGAGAUAACUACUUCCGCAGCGGCGAGGGCUUCCUCUGUGUGUUCUCCAUCACAGAACUGGAGUCAUUUGCAGCAACAGUUGACUUCAGAGAGCAGAUUCUGCGAGUGAAGGAGGACGAGAAUGUACCCUUUCUCUUAGUUGGUAACAAGUCUGAUUUGGACGACCGACGGCAGGUCAGCGCUGACGAGGCGAAGGCCCGCGCCGAGCAGUGGGGCGUGUGCUAUGUGGAGACUUCCGCUAAAACCCGCGCCAACGUCGACAAGGUGUUCUUUGACCUGAUGAGAGAGAUCCGGGCGAGGAAAAUGGAGGACAGCAAAGAGAAGAACGGCAAGAAGAAAAGUAAAAGUUUGGCCAAGAGAAUCCGAGAGAGAUGCUGUAUUUUAUAGUGGUGGAAGAGAGCAGGGGAGCUGCUUAUGUACAUAUACAUUUCUCAGACUUUUGCAUUUAUUUUGUGCCCAUACCUGACCAUGACUUUCCGUUCCUGGCUAACAGGACAUCUGACCCGCGUGUCGGAGAAUAGUAAGGUGGCACCCCAUACACCACUCAUAGCUCUAACUUUUGAUGUGCUGACACUCCAAAUACUUUAUGUACUCUGACCACAUCACAGGGUGUAAUAACUGGAUGGUGUUUGAUUUAGGCCUAAGCUUGACAAGAGGCUACGCGCGCCCCCCCCCCCCAAAUGUUACCAAACCUUUCAUUGUAAAGUUUGACGUGUUUAAUAUAUUCAGACUGUGCAGUUCAAAAGAAAAAGACACAAAUGAGUGUCAGCGCUGAGGUUUAAAUGGGGACGUUGGGUAGGAAAUAUAAGUGAAGAGACUCGGUGUAGUGUCAACCCAGAAUUCAUCAAGUGCAGCCAAGGAAAUGUAGUUUGCACCGGUGAAUCUAUGAAGCAUUUGAAUUGAUAGUUCGUUACUAAGAGCCGACAUUUGAUGCCAUUCCCAUUUGUUGUUUUGCAGCUCAAUUCUUCUAAGUGGUAAGGUUGUGAACACUUAUUCUUCCUUUUCUUGUCCUCUAUCAUAUCGACUAGUUUAAGUUAUAAGUGCACUAGUGUUUCCUUUUUCUAUCCCCUUCGCGUCACUUUGUUGAGUCCUCUCAAAUGCACAAACAUUGCUCGUUACCCCGAAAUCUGUGAGGGAUUUUGCAACACUUGAACUUUUUUCAUUUCAGAAGUUUUACCUCGCUUGGCCUUUUUUUCUUUUUCUUCCUGCGCUAAAGGAAUCCCUGGUGCUCCUGAUAAAAGGCGAUUCCAUUUACCUGCUGUCGUUAAACACAUGACGUUAAAUAAAUUGCUUACAGUCUUGUAAAGAUUUAUUUUGCCAAUUUAACUUUUCCUGGCUCCGAUUUUUUUUUUUUUUUUUUUUUUUUUUUUUUUUUUUAACUUUAAUGUAUUUCUUAAUAAGGAACUCAGUGUGAAUUAAUUAACGGACCGAUGAGUUUGAAGGCAUACAAUGUGAAAAAUGAAUGCAGGCUCGAUAGAAGUCCAAAAAACAAAAGUUGCUCUCAUACACCAAAGAAGUAUGCUAGCUAGUACAAACAAGUGCCCACUUAUUACUGGAAGUGAAUGACGACUCGCUAUAGUGAGCUUCAAAAGGAAGCGCUGCACUGUUUGUGUGAAAUCUAUCUUUGUCCAACUGAAGGCAAAAGUUGAGGAACUUUAAUGGUGAACGGCCUGGGAAUGAAAUGCAAGGUUACGGGCGAUUUAGUAAUUCAUGUACAGUGCAUCACUGUUGCCUCACUGUCCAUUGUGAAUGUGAAUAUCCCCCCCCCCCCCCCCCCCCCCCAUACCCAUCCUGUUGCCUGUAAUCUUAGCCUGCCAGUGAUGUGCAGAGUUUAAAGGCCAUUGACAUUCUACUUUGUUUACCUUUUGUUCAACGUCUUAAUGUAAUACCUGUUCAUUUCCUCGUGCUCCUCAUGUCGUAGUCAUUUUACAGGCAAGUGAGGAUUAAAGCAGUGGAAACAAACAAUUGGCAAAAUGAGAAUGCUCUACUUGACCAAAACGCACUGUGACGUCUGCCCCUCUGCUCUCUUUAGUUUCCCUUUAUGACUGAGCCGCUUUUUGUCUUUUAACUUAUUUAAAAUAACUUAUUUAUACUGUCCACGUUUCACUCUGAUCCAGUUUAAAGAGUAAAUGUGUGCAUGUGCGGCUCACCAUUUACAUGAAAAGGAUUUCCUCAACCAAUAGGAUGCCCGACACUGGAGUCUAUGCAAAAACAUGAUUGUUGUCUUUGCAAAGAGGAAGAGAACAUACAACUUGGGAGACUAUUCAAACCAGUGUCAGCGCGUUGCACUAGAAGCAUUUAAGCUUCGAGAUCUGACCACAGAACAGCUGCUUUUAUAUUUGAAAACACUGAACAUUGUCUCAUUGAUUCUCUGAGUUAAUACAUUAACACUAAAUAACUCCUGGCUUUGAUUACAGGCUUUGUCUGUCAUACAUUACAUUGUAUGUGUUGUACUUUAAAAAAGACUGUCCGUGGUAUUUCGUGUUAACUGAAAAGCACACAGUAGAGAGAGAUUUAAGAGUUUUAAAGAUAUGUGACUCGGACCCUAAAUGUUGGGAACUCGUGGCAUCAGAAUGUUUAGAAAGUAAUUUUAUUUAAUAUGUUUUAAGGGCUAACCUCCAGUACACCAUGCCACCUGAAAAGUUAAAGUGACGGGCGCAGAAACUGACACACAGAGUAAGGAUCCCAGUGUGUUGAGGCGUACCUUCCUCAGCUUACGGCCAUUACAUUAACUGCUGUGUGUCGCAGAAGCUACCACCAUAGUGCUUGUUUACUCAUAACAUACGCUUGUAGAAACAAACAUUCGUCAUUCCUUUUCUUCGUCUCCAUGUCAAUAUGGCCGAGAUGUUUUCAAUUGCCGAGACUAAAACAGAUAUUUGUGUGAAAGCUUUGAGCAAACUGUCCUACGGGAUAUUUGAAUAUCAUUUUUUGCCUUUUUAUAUAUUAAAAAAAAAAACCUCGGAAAUAAAGAGUAUAUAUCUAUGUCUUUGAUUGGAUGGUUGUAUGUAUGCCAUCGAUUCGAUGUCUCCUUCAUAUUUACUUAUUUUGAACAUAACCACUAAUGUAGCCUGUUUGUGAAUGUAAGAGGUGACGCUUACAUUUCAAUUCAUUUUUUGUUUGUGAGUUACUUGGAAAUGGCAAAUAAAGUGGAUAUUACUAAUAACAUU